AUGAAGUACCUGGUGUUUCUGUUACUGUUCGGGUGCCAGGUUUUCAUCAAGGGCGACGAUCUGCUGGAUUCCGAGGAGCCUCCUGAGGGGUACUAUGCGUUCAUAGAGUCCCCGUCAGCAGUUCCUCCGAAGGUGCGGUCCCCUCCGUACACACAUAUCAACAUCGAGUGCAAGGAGGCGACCAACCCGAAGCCGUACGUUUCGGCCAACAACCUGUGCGGCGAUUUGAACAAGGGCAAAAUCCCGCGCAACCCGAUGAAGCAGAACGUGCUGGGGGAACCGUACCCGUUCGAGCUGAUCCGCAACCAGACGCUCAAGUUCCUGUCGAAAACGUUGCCCGUGCUGAAGGCGGAUGACACGCUCCCGAAAGUGACACAGAUUAUUCCCGAAGAACCGGUGGAUCAGUUCGACGACAAUGGCAUUGGCCGUCGGAUGGGCAAGGCGAUGCGUGCUGAAGAGGAGCGCCGCGAAGAAGAUCCCCGAGCUCCGCGUAAGUUUUGCGACGGCGGUGGUGUCUUCUGUGCGCUGUACCGUGCCAUCCAGGGUGAACCGAUCAGCACCAAGCUGGUGGCGGAGCGCCGUGAAGAGGCAGCAGCCUAUCCACCGCCGCCACCCCGCUACGAGGGACCCCCCACGCCCUGUCCGGCCAAAGUCGAGUACGCAACGCCCGUGUUCGCCAAGAACUACCAAGGUUCGUGGCGGUACGUAGUACAGAUCCCGUACGAAGGCUACUUCACCCAGACGGUCGAGGUGACGCGGUGUCUGCAGGCACGCUGCCACUAUCUGGACGGUGGGUGUCUGUCGUCGCCCCGCUGGGUCAGCCUGCUGGUGGCGGAAAUUUUCUACCCCAACGCGGAAGAAUCCACCACGACCACAUCGACGACAACGGCUCCCUCAAUUCAGGACUUCCAGGCUUACCAGCAGUACCUGCAGAAGCGAGCCGGACUGCCGACCGACAACGUGUACGACACCGCUGCCGGCAGCAGUCAGCACCAGCAACAACAGCAGCAGCAGCAGGCCACGGCAGCGGCGAUCACGUCCAAGCAGAACCAACACUGCGACGGCCACGACGAGAUCGGAUGCUUCCAGGUGCGCCUGUACUACGACUGGUUCCUCAUACCUGGCUCGUGCAAGUGCUGGCGACCGGACUACUUCGCCAAAUACGUGCGGAAGCGACCAUCGCCGGACCUAUAA